AUGGACUUCGAGGCGGCCACUGCCCCGUCUCUCGCCAUGAGCCAGGGCCCCGCGAGCAGCGAUGUCAAGAGUGAGGUCAAGAAGCCUAAGAAGAAGAAGGUCCUCCUCAUGGGCAAGAGCGGCUCUGGCAAGUCGAGCAUGAGGAGCAUCAUCUUCAGCAACUACAUUGCGCGAGAUACACGGAGGCUCGGCGCAACCAUCGAUAUCGACCUGUCGCAUGUCAAGUUCCUAGGGAAUCUGACCUUGAACCUAUGGGAUUGUGGUGGCCAGGAGGCCUUCAUGGAGAACUACCUAUCCCAGCAACGCGUCCACGUCUUCUCCAACGUCGGCGUCCUUAUCUACGUCUUUGACAUAGAGUCUCGCGAUGUGGACAGGGAUAUGGCGACCUACGUCUCCGUCAUGUCGGCCCUCACCCAGUUCUCCCCGACGGCCAAGGUCUAUGUGCUCAUCCACAAGAUGGAUCUUAUCAUGACCCAUGUCCGCGAGGCUGUCUUCAUGGAACGCGUUCGGCUAGUGCGGCAGAAGACUGCCGAGUUCGUGCAGGGCUCGGGGUUCAACAGGGAGGUGGACUUGACCCCCUUUGCAACCUCGAUAUGGGACCAAUCGCUCUACAAGGCCUGGGCGAGCAUCAUACACGACCUGGUGCCGAACCUGUCAGUCAUCGAGUCGCAGCUCGAGUCCCUGGGCAUCCUAAUCGAGGCUGAGGAGCUACUGCUGUUCGAGAGAACUAGUUUCCUGGUCGUGUCCAACUGGACGUCCAGUGAGGGCCAGAACAACCCGACCACGGAUCGCCAAGAGCGCAUCUCGAAUAUACUAAAGCACUUCAAGCAGAGUAUCAGCCGCUUCACUGGGACGCCCCGGAACGCCGAGCAAUUCAUGCUGAUGGAACACAAGGCCGGUGGCCGCUUCUCCAUCUUUUGCCUGAAGUUCACCACCAACACCUACCUGAUGGUGAUACUUCCUCCGGGAGAAGCCCGCUUCAAUGCAGCCAAAAUGAACUGCCAGAUCGCAAGGGAGAGCUUCAAGUUCCUGGACGGGCCCAUCUCUGGCGCCGGCCAAUAA